AUGCUAAAGGUGUCACCAUGGAAGGGAAUUAUCAUCUUUGGAAAGCGUAGGAACCUGAGCCCCCAUUUCCUUGGACCGUUUAAAGUCUUGGCUAGGGUGGGACUUCAGGCUUACAAAUUAGAACUACGACCAGAGAUGGCCGGAAUACAUAACACGUUCCAUGUGUGUUACCUUCGUAAGUGCUUAGCGGAAGAAGAAAGUGUAAUUCCACUUUCGGAAAUUUUUGUGGACGAGACCAACCGGUGCGUUGAGGAGCCGGAGGCCAUCCUAGAAAGGAAGAUUAAGGUCUUGAGACACAAAGAAAUUGUCAUGGUUAAAAUACAAUGGAAACAUCACCGAGGGUCAAACGUAACGUGGGAAGCGGAAGAGGAUUUGAAGAGGCGCUACCCUCACCUUUCCAAGUGA